AUGGGUGCCCGGCCGGCCUGGUCCUCGCUGCGGCGGGUGACGCACCUCAUGCCCUCCCAGGUCGCUUCUACUUCCGCCGCUCCCUCAUCAUUACCCUUCCUCGCCAGCUCUAGGACCCUGACGAAAAAUACGACGAUGGCGACGAGUAUAUCUACGUCUCCAGGCUGUCUCGCCGCGCGAGCCUUCUCGACCACGACGCCCGUCCAGACCAAGACCAUCAAGCCGCACCGCCUCCCCUCCAACCUCAUCCCGCCGUACCCCUACGGCGAGCGCCGCAUCUACAAGCAGUCCAACAAGGGUCUGUACGGCAGCGCGCGCAUCCGCUUCGGCAACAUCGUCGCGGAGAAGCACAAGAACAAGACGCGGCGUUACUGGCGGCCCAACGUGCACGUCAAGGCCUUUUAUUCGCCCGCGCUAGACGCCCGCGUCAAGACGCGCCUGACCCUGCGUGUCCUCAAGACGAUCCGCCGCGAGGGUGGCAUCGACAACUACCUGCUCAAGAGCAAGCCCGCCCGCAUCAAGGAGCUCGGCCCCGGCGGCUGGAACCUGCGCUGGCUGCUCAUGCAGACCCAGGCCGUCCAGCGCCGCUUCAACGAGGAGCGCGUCGCCCUCGGCCUCGAGCCCAGGGAGAUUGAGGACCGCGACGACAUCAUCCAGUAUGCCCUCGAUUUUGCCACCCCAGGGCCCUUGAGCGUGCGGAGUCGCGCCACCCUGGGCGAGAUGAACGCCGCCAUGGCCGAUGCCUUCGUGCUCGGCGAUGACGAGGCCGCCCUCGCCGAUCUUGAGGGCAUCGAGGAGCUGUCCGACGAGGCGGAGGAGCUGUUGCUGCGCGAGCUGGACGAAGCGGAUCGUGCUGCCGAAGCCAAGGUGAAGACGGAGAAACAGGGGGUCGACGCAUAG